AGGCCUCUUGUGAUCUUUUACAUACGACUAAAAUUAUGUCUAGAAAUUAAUGCCUAAAAAACCCACACCACUUCGUUCUUAAUAUAUUUAGUUUUACCUACGUUGUCAUUUGUCAUUCCUGCUAGUUCCACAGAUCCGCACGGCUCCUCUUGAAAUGUCAAGUCUGAUCUCGUUGUGUUGAAUUUGCGUUCUGUUUGUGAUGUAAAUACGUGAAGUAUAGAUAUCUACUUUCGAUCAUCACUCGCAUAAUCUUGUCAUAACUUCUGAUUUUCGCUUCAACUUGUUGAGUCUUGACUCUCGAACUACGACUAGAAAAAGAUGGCGCCACCAAGAAGACGUCACCAAGGAGGCCGCGGCUUCAUCCGCGAUGAUCUUGAGCUGGUUUCCUUCCUGCGCGAUCGCAAAGAGCGUGUUCGCGCAGCCAUUCGAACUGAGGAGCAGGAGAAGCUAUUCUCAGUCAACAGCGAGGGACUUCGGUUCCGCAUUAUCGUGCCUGAGUCACGCGCAUCCAUCCGCAGAAAAGAGCGCGAACGAGAAGCAGCGUUGAAGGCUUUGAUGAGCGGCGAGGACGGAAAACCGCAAGUGAAAGCGACGGAGUACUUCGACAUGAUGUGGCGGAAAGACCUGCUCGAAACGUACCACACUAUUCACUCCGGCAAGAACGGAACCUUGCGAAGUCUGGCUGGUUGGACCCAGGAAGGAACAUGGAAAGGCGUGCAGGCGGUGCUAGCGUUAAGACCAGAAGGCGGGAACUUCUUGCAGAGGACGAGGGCAGACGAACAGCAGGAGGACGAAGAGUUGGACGCCGAGGAUCGGGACCACUUGGCAGGCGCCAACGUGCGGGAAGCACAACUGAUCAGGGAUUUCUCGUUUGUAGUCACUUCAGGUGGGAACAGCCAGGACAUUGAGCACAACAACAGCGUGAACCAAAGCAAACUCGCAGAAACCCACUACUUAUGAUGCGCAGUCAAGAACUAGAAGUAGUAGAGCAAAAGUUUUCACUUUCGGACGGAUGUCUCCUGUCGUAUUUAGAAUAAGUACAUUGAGAUCAUCAUGUCACCUGUGAGUUCGCUUUAGUGCUUGUUAUUGUUAACGCAGUUGAUUCUAUUUUUACUUGUACAGCAACUACAUGAUCUCCAUCUACUUUCCCAGGAACAUACUCGUGAUAGUCUCUCUCUAAGGCAUGCGCUGAUGGGAAAGGGUAUGGACAUCGAUUCGUUGCUUGGGGGGUCCGCGAGCAACCUGAACUUUUCCGACGACGGAUUGGGUGGACCAGAGGACGGUGACCGAAUACUGAGCAAGGAGAUGGAGGCACUUUUGAGGAGUGAGGAGAUGCACGGACCCGAAGGCAACGUCCACAUGCGGGCCUCCAGCGUAAUGGGAAAGGAACCGCAUGUGACCACCGAGUUUCUCGGUCGCAAGCGUCUGAACCCGGAUACCUUGGCCGAGUGGCAGGGUCUAGCGGACGAACUGCCGCCGGUCGAUGCUGCGGGUGCGCAGUUCGGCGAAGAGGACGACGAUGAGGUAUACAUGAUGGACGAUCAGGGAAACUUUGUCUUAGAUGCAGAGGGACAGAAAAUUCCGAUUAGCAGUCGAGGAAAUACGCCGGAGGGGGUGACUGGGGACGGGGCCUCUCUGUCAAGAAAAGAUAGGCUCAAACAGCAGCGGGAGAAGGCACAGGCCAUGAGUGCCCUGCUCGCUGGCAUGGAUGACGGAGACAAGAAGGGUGGAGGUACUUGAAGAAAUAAUAUGCUCCACCUUUUUUACUUACAAAUCAUGUAAUUCUUCAUCUUCAUAAUUGGCACCUACGAAAGCGCAACGCAUUGUUGAAGAUCAUGAAUAUUGAAACUCAGACUUAGCUGAAGAUUAUCAUGUUUUCAUCCCUUAAAUUUCGUAUUCCCUAUUGAUUCGUCUGUUUCAUCGAUCACCUUGUAGCUGCUGGUGAGGAGAAGGAGCAGAAGCGCGUGAUCGAUCCAACGAUGAUGGAGCCAACACUUGAGCGACCAGAUUACGUCUUGGGCAUCUUCGAUGAUCCUCUAGGCCUCCUUAAGACAGAAACGCUGACCAGAUGGCAGCAUGUUUCUGUCGCCGCCAAACAAGAGCCAUCUUUGGAAGCAUACCAAGAGGUCUGGCGAAGGCUGCAGGAGGUCUUCACCUCUCUGCAACUGAACGUGAUUGCGGACCUUUUUCUUGCCAAUUACAUCCAACAGCUGGACCAGCUGCAGAGACAAGGCAGCACCAAGGAUGCGGAGAAGUUGAGCUAUGCUUGGAUGGACUUGUCGACCUUGAGCACGGUCAUCCCCUUCUACCUCAAACUGUGCUACCCGAAAGCAGACCUCCUUUCGCCCGUGCAGGCGUUCAAAGAGGAAAUGAUGACAGAUGUCCUCAGAAUUGUCUUCGCAGAUACGCCGGGACCGGUACAACUCCAACUACAUUUCGACAUUUUUCAUAGCCCAAUUUUAUUUUGAAUUUGAUUCUUGUUCGUCUUCGAACAAGGAAGUAGAAGAAGAAGAUGAAGACCUACUUGUAUGACUAAGUGUAUUGUUCACCAUCCAAGAAUCAAUUGCAACCUGUGGAAGUACAAUAUCUCUACCAUAUGUAUAUACAACACGUACGUCAACUUCUACAACAGGCUCGUAAGUCGAUUCGGCGCGUGCACUUUGAGCUUGCGUGCGUGAUCAUCGAAGUUGCGCGCAUGUACUGGCUCCAAUAUGCGCAAGAUUGCGCAUUUGAUGCUGCGGAGACCGGUGAACUGCACGAAAUUUUCCAUAGUUUCGAUCAGGACGACCACGACAGUGAGGGUGGCGGCUUGCGUGCCGAACGCAUCUUUGACGUACUCGAGCGCGCUGGCUUCGUGCUCCAGGCGGACGAGCGGGUUCUGUUGAACGAUUUGUAUCGCAUGUGCGACAUGGACGGUAAUGGCUUCAUCGAUUUCGUUGAGCUGCUCUACAUUCUGCGUCGUUUCCAGGACAAGCGGUUGAUGACGCAGGUAGUGCACUGCAAGUCCCAGACCUUGCAUCUGCCUCUGCCCUUUGUGGAGGAAUUCCACUACCUGCUGGAGAUCGACGCGCGUGCGAAGGCCACAGACCACGACAUUGUGUCCACGUUCAACCUGUUCGAUCUUCGUGAGAUUCUCCAAAGUUUCGACUUCCCAGAAGCUAUUCGGCGAACCGUGCAGCGAUUCGAAAUUCAGAGGCUGGAGCAAAACAUGGGAGGCGAGUUUACGCGCGAGGAGGCCUGUAAAAUUUGCGCCAGCGUGUACGACCAGCACGACGAAGGCUUGCUGCAGUGGGCGCAGUACCUCGCUGACAAGGAGGCCGCGAGACAGAAACUCGCUGCUCAGCAGCAAAAGAUGAAGGGUCGCGGCCAGCCAGCAGUGGAGGUGGAACUGACGGAAGAGCAGCUAGUAGACCAGGCUAGGGCUAUGUUGCCGGAGGACAUGAAACCCCCAGAGGAGACACGGCCUCCAACCUUCAAAGAGAUGGUGGACAUGUGGGCCGUGUCGCACUGCGAAAUCCAAAAAGACGAACUCAAAUUCCGCAAGUACCUGGCUUCCAGUGCUUGGGUCCAACAUGGAAGAAGAAUGCAGGCAGGACUCAUGAAGGCGGUGUCGAAACGCAAUUGGCUGGCUGCACGAAUGAAGGGCAAGAAGAUGCAACGGGAAAUGGACCUGAAGGCCCGAGCGGCAGAACAGGAAAUCCUGAAGCAGGGCACCAUGCAACAACCCAAAGUCGCGGCCUCGAUGAAGGGCAUGAUCACGGCAAAGAAAUCUGGAGCCUCCUUCAUGAAGGGCCUCGUCAAAGUGAAGGGCGGAGCAUGAUGAAAACGCAGCUGAACGAAAGUAGACUCUCUUUCCAGCAGAAGGACGAGAGAGGCUCUGACUCAGUUUACCACAACGCAGCAGAUUCGAAUCUCUCGAAUCGAUUUCUCACACGGAUAAUUAGUGAUCGUAUUCCAUACUUCUAGUUUUAAGUGCAAUUAAGUGCUAGUGCACCAAUUCAUCAAUUACAAUUUCUAAUGCUAUUUUCUUAAUGCUAACACACAAAAAAAAGAGAAGGACAUCUUCAACAUCGUGAAAAAUUGAGAUAAUUAACGAAAAGAAUUAGUGACGCAACUAUUAAAACCUCAGUACUGCGCCAAGCGCAACAAUUAUCAUGACGAACAUAAUUUUUUACUUUUGGUCAUGGUGUUAUAUGCCGCACCAUAGAACAAAUCAAAACGAUUUUCGCUCCUAGCAUGACAUCAUACUCGGCAGUGUGAUGUCACUGCGGCAGAGCUAAAAAAACAACGAGAAAUCGCCUACAUUCAUUGUUUAUCCAAGUCUGCGCAAACAAGAAGCAGAAACUUUGAACCUAGUGGUGCUGUGGGCAGCCAAGUGAGUGUGAGAC